UUAAAUGAUUUGACAAGUUUUUAGGUUAUUGUGGUUUGUAUUGUCAUUGUUUGCGGCAAAUUAAUAUCGCUAGACGCUAAGUUUUGUAAAAAGCAGAAUACCCUUGAUUUAACUUAUAAUAAUAUGGCGAAUAUUAAUUUGCAAUGUCUGCUGGGAAUACAGUGCAACGACUUUGUUAUGAUAGCGGCGGAUCAAACCAAUAGCCAUAGUAUUAUGGUGAUGAAAGACGAUGAGGAAAAGAUCUAUAAAAUAUCAGAUAAGUUGGUAAUGGGUGUUAUCGGAGACUCUGGUGACACUACACAAUUUGCAGAGUAUAUAGCAAAGAAUAUCCAACUAUAUAAAAUGCGUAAUGGCUACGAACUUGGACCUACCGCUGCUGCAAAUUUUACAAGGAGGAAUCUUGCUGAAUACCUCAGAAGUAAUACUCCUUACUUUGUGAACCUGAUGAUGGCUGGUUAUGAUAAAGAAAAUGGCCCAGAGCUGUACUUCAUGGAUUACUUAGCAUCAAGUGUAAAGGUGCCCUUCGCAGUCCACGGUUUUGGUGGUAUCCUCAGCAUGAGCAUCAUGGAUCGCUAUUAUAAGAAAGAUGCUACUGAAGAGGAAGCGUAUGAGAUUCUCAAAAAGUGUGUACAAGAGGUGCACAGGCGUCUGUUUGUGAGCCUGCCGAACUUCCAAGUGACCGUUGUGAACCGAGAUGGGAUCAAAGCACUGCCCGUUAUCAAUUCUGCUGCUUUGAAGUGAUUUUUUCUAAGUAUAAUAUAAUAAAGUAACAUUAUUAAACUC